UCACCACUCAAUCAAGUAGAGAUCGAUAUUACCAGAUUUGUGGCCCUUCUCAUAUUCAACCUCCACCAUGGAAAACACCCUCACAAACAUAUCCACCCAACUCUCCACAUCAGCCUCUCAUUUGGAUGAAGCAAACACACACGUGGCCCAAUAGCACAGCAGAUACCUUUAUCCUUACCCAAUCACAAUCAACAUUUGGAUUUGCCAAUAUCCCUCCUCAAACUUCCCCAUAUACUUAACUUAGCUUGUACCUCAACCUCAUCUCCACUACCACCAAGAAAUAGAAUCCCACACUGCAGCAAAUCCUAAUUCAAUAACAAAUCCAACAAUGGCAGCCAAUGCACUAAUGAGCUGCGGCGUAUCGACCACUUUUCGAACAUCCUUCCUUUCUUCUUCUCGGUCGAGAUUCGCGAGUUUCGGUGCCUCAAAUGCUUCCAAGUCCCGGUUCACUAUGUCCGCCGAGUGGAUGCCCGGCGAGCCUCGUCCCUCCUACCUCGAUGGCUCGGCUCCCGGAGAUUUUGGAUUCGACCCACUUCGCCUAGGAGAAGUCCCGGAAAAUCUUGAGAGAUAUAAGGAGUCUGAGCUCAUUCACUGCAGAUGGGCUAUGCUUGCUGUUGCGCAAGAGUGGGCCGCAGUUCCAGGAGGACAAGCAACUUAUUUGGGCAACCCAGUUCCGUGGGGGACCCUACCCACAAUUUUGGUGAUUGAAUUCUUAGCAAUUGCAUUUGUUGAGCACCAAAGGAGCAUGGAGAAAGACCCAGAAAAAAAGAAGUAUCCGGGUGGGGCUUUCGACCCGUUGGGUUACUCCAAGGACCCACAAAAGCUGAAGGAGCUGAAAAUCAAGGAGAUUAAGAAUGGUCGUCUUGCUUUGUUGGCAUUCGUGGGAUUUUGCGUGCAACAGUCGGCAUACCCCGGGACAGGGCCUCUGGAGAACUUGGCAACUCACUUGGCUGACCCGUGGCACAACAACAUUGGCGAUGCUCGGCCCAGGACUCAGGUCAAACCAGCUGUCAAAAUCGAAUUGUUGCAGCUUGCGUCCACCACAUCCUCCGAUCCCCUUUCUGCCGCCGCAUCGGCGUCUGCCUCGCUCAAGCACCGCCGCCCCGCGGGUGAGAACAUCCGCGACGAGGCCCGCUGCCACGCCUCGCCCCACGGCUUCUCCGCCAAGUGA